GGCGGAUUUGUAAAAAAGUGACAUCUACAAACAAAAUCUUAAUUUCCUCUUCAGACAAUCAUGUUAAAUUAUUUUAAAGUACAUAGUCGGAAUCACCAAGUCGAGAGCUAUCUAUUGACAAUAAAGUUUGAUCCUUUGGACAUUUAACCAGUGAAAAACAGCACACGGAUCUCUCAGAAUAGCAUUUCCGUUGAGACUAUCUAACUAUAGUCUUAACGCCCCGGUUAGCCCCACUGGAAAAUAACAUCUAACUAUAUCAACAUGCUCCUCAGACAAUACUCUACUUUUACUGAUCUCAGAAAAUCUCACAUAUUUUUGAAGGCCGAAUGAUGGAUUUUUCAGAACCCAUACGGAUUUUACGGCAUUUCGAGGUUUUUCUGGCCACGAAAGCACUUUUAUUCAAAAAUAAUAUCAUAUUCAGAAUCAACGUGAAAAACUGCAUUGAAUGGUGUAUAACUCAUCUAGUUUCGGUCACUUAAUUUUGAAUUCUAGAAAUUUUUUAGUUUUUGAGAUUCACACAAACAAUUUCGUGCUGAAAAUUUGAAUUUCAAGAUAAAGUAACCUGAACCACUCGAAACAUGUUUCUUGUAGGUUUUCGACAAUGCUCUUUCCAGCGGCAUUGUUUUUAAAUAUUGAGAAAGUUUUCUGAAGGCUUUUCCAGAGACCGGAUCUCUGGAAAGCUCCUUAGAAAACUUUUUCAAAAUCCAACUCUCAUGCCAUUAGAAAGAGGGCCUUGAAAAACCUAUAAAAAAAUGGUUCAUGAAAUUUUAGUUCACUCAUAAAGCUAAAGUCCGCCUGCUCUAGCAAAAAAUGCCCACUGUGAGGAGGUCACAGUUUUUAGAAGUAGAAAACAUCAAUUCACCUUUUUGAAAAACAAUGUUCAACUCACAAUUUAUCAGAAAAACGCUAAAGGUGGACCCUCCAGAUAUCAUGCAUGUUUAAACAACUAACUGUCAAGAUAAGUUUAUUUCAGAUAGAGAAAUAAAAAAAUUUAUACGCCAUCAUGUUUUCGUUCUUUUAUAAAAAAAAAACUAAGAUAACAGUUGUUGUUGGUUUAGUAGCUCGAAUUCUCAAAUCUUUGGUUCAUCGAACCAAAAUAACCCAUCUGCAGUUCGUAUGGAAGGUAAAAAAUAAUAAGACUGGAGUUCUUUCGCGUAUUAACCUUAUUUUAGUAAUAGAAAUUACACCCUCAUACACAAAAAAAAUCUGGUAGCCCAUUUACCACCUCACUCUUCGUAAGGACCUCAAAGAAAUGCAAUAAGCUUCCCCUCUCUGACGUUAUCUUUUUCAAUUUUUACUCAUAAUUUGAAAAAUCAUAUGGCAUGUCACAAAAUCAGAAAUGAUUUUUGAUUUUGUGAAAUACAAAUUAUAGAGUAAACUUUGGCCAGAAUUCUAUUUUAUAAUUUGCUUUCUGUUAUUUCUUUUGUUGUUUUAAGUUACCUAUUUUCUUUCACUUUUCCUCGUUUGUACUCAUCUCUUGUUGAUUCUAAAUUAACUCUUCUUUCUGUAUUCAUUUACUAGUACUCUACUUUUUCUUCGCAACAUUGUAUAGGCAUUGUUUUUCAAAAUGAUCUUGGUUGCAGUCAUUGUUUUAUCAAAAUAAGAUUUGAAUCUGCCGAUCUUUCUCGAACUUUUCAAGGUAUUUUCUAGAAAAAAUGAUAUUCUGAUUAAAAAACAAAUGAAAAUAUAUGUCAAUUCGGGUAUAAUAGCCUUAUCGAGAUAAAAACUUUGCCCUUAUAGAUCUAUGUAUUCGGAUUGGAAUGGAUUAGAUAAAAGGUAAAAAUCAGUAUUAUAAGUACAUAUGUUCGUACACAUUAGUUUCAGUAAUACCAUAUCUUCGACUGUUUUAUAACAAAUGAUACCAAUCUUUAAUUUCAAAAUACCAUUUUUGCGACCUUUAAGCUUCGUGUGUGCCUCAUGACUGAUAAUAGUAAUAUAAACAGGUAAAAAAGACCUUAACAGGACAGUAUAUAUAUAUAUAUGCAGAUGUUAUCAUAUAUUUACUCUUUGGUUUUUGUAUUGAAAAAUAACUCAAUAUAAAUAUUUUUAAUGUGUACUUUUAGUGUAGUAACAUAUUAUUGAAUUUUAUUUAAUUUUAAUAUUACAAAUGAUAAUUUUUCACUAAUUUUAGUUGAAAUGAUAAACAACCCUGAUCAGAUUGAAGCGCCACCGCAAUAUCGUGACAUUCUUCAUUCUGACUCAGUCUUUGUCAGAUUCCAGGAUGGCGAAGCCACUAGAAAUAAACUCGAUUAUGGUGUAAAUCAAGAAGCACCCACGCUUCAUCGGGGUUUGAAAGAACGACAUAUGACAAUGAUUGCGGUUGGGGGUACAAUUGGGACAGGACAAGCAUUGUCCGCCUCUGGACCCGGUGGAAUUUUGGUUUCUUAUUUUAUUGUUGCUAUAAUGGUUUAUUUCGUUAUGACAAGUUUAGGACUACUGCGGGCUGACUAG